UUGUCUUGUAACCGAGAAGUACUCUCUUUUUGACAUUUUAUUGUUCAAAAUAUUCAAUGGACUAUGAUUUAUAGAAAAACGAAAUAGUCAUACUUUUUCAGAAAAUAAUGGUAAAGACAUGUCACUCACUCGUAAUAAGUGACGUUCUGAGAUGGUAAUCCUAGUCUUUAAUUUAUUUAAAGAGAGAUAUUAUAGAUUUGUUGCAUAUAGAAAUAAUUCCUCAGAAGCUAUAAAUAUCGCCUAAACUGAGCCAUUUUGGAAACAGUUAUCUACGCACAAAAAAGAAGCUAUAAGCAUGGCAGGAUCAGCAGCUAAAGUGCCAGUGGCCGUAGUUAUGGUGCCUCUUCCAGCACAGGGCCAUCUCAACCAGCACCUCCACCUCUCCCGCCUCAUCUCUUCCUACAACCUCCCCGUCUACUACACCGGUGCCACCACUCACAUCCGCCAAGCCAAGCUCAGAAUCCAGGGAUGGGAUCCUCUCUCCGUCCCAACCCUCAAUUUCCACGAGUUCCCCACGCCUUCUUUCGAAUCCCCUACCCCCGACCCCAAUGUGAGAGCCCCGGUGCAACUAGUGCCGGGACUGCUCGCCACCCUACGCCUCCGAGAGCCCCUCCGUCAAUUCCUGGAGGAGCUCUCGGAGAAAUCAAAGAGGGUGGUCGUCAUUUACGACUUCUGGAUGGCUUGGAAUGUCCAGGACAUUCCGAGCAUCCCGAACGCAGAGUCGUAUUGCUUUGAAAGCCUUUCGGCUUUCUCGGUCUACUCCUUCAUCUGGGAGGGAAUGCAGAAACCGCCUCUUCCCGCAGAAGCUGAAGUGCUCAACCAACUUCCCAAUUUAGACUUCUGCGUUUCGCCCAUCUUUGAUGAAUAUGGCAAGUUUCAGCUUGAAGCACAGAAUUUCAGCUCCGGGACGAUUUUCAACACCUGCAGGAUGAUUGAAGGGCCUUUCCUGGACUUGCUGGCCCAAGUACCAAGAAUGAGCAAGCGCCAAUGGGCCAUCGGCCCGUUCAACCCGGUAACCCUACCCGCUUCCGGUGACCCGCGCCAUGAAUGUCUCGCCUGGCUGGACAAACAGGACCGGAAUUCGGUGAUCUUCGUCUCGUUUGGAUCCAAUACUGCACUAUCUGAGGAGCAGAUAAAUCAGAUCGCUGAUGGGCUGGCGGAAAGCGGGCAGAGGUUUAUUUGGGCCCUAAGGGAAGCAGAUAAAGCUGACAUUUUUGCCGCCGGAGAUGCUGAGAGGGCCGUCCUGCCGGCGGGAUACGAGGCGAGAAUCGCAGGGAAGGGAAUGGUGGUGAGGGAUUGGGCGCCGCAGCUGGAGAUUCUCGCCCACGAAUCCACCGGCGGGUUCAUGAGCCACUGUGGGUGGAAUUCGUGUAUGGAAGCCAUUUCCAUGGGAGUGCCGAUCGCCGCCUGGCCGGUGCACUCCGACCAGCCCCGGAACGCCCUUCUGAUCACCAAGUGCCUGAAAAUCGCAGUGGAAGUUGAUGACUGUAGCACGCAGGAAAUGGUCAGCUCACAGAGGAUUGCAGAAGCUGUUAACAAAUUGAUGGUUUCCGCGGAAGGAGAAGGAAUGCGGCGGAGGGUGGAAGAAAUGAGCGGCGCCGUCAAGCUUGCGGUGAUGGAAGGAGGUGCCUCGCGCAGAGAAAUGGAUUCCUUCAUUUCUCAUAUCACUAGAGACGACUGACUGACGAUGAUUGCCCUGUUUUAGUUCGUUUUUGUCUAUUUCCUAGAAAUGGAUUCUUUCAGUUCUCAUUUUUCUAUUUACACUCUACACUAUACACCCGUUUUGUCUCAUAAAAGCGGGCGUAAUCCCAUUCUGGAUAACGCCUGUUAUAAUAAGUCCGUGCUGUAGUUGCAAUUUAGCAUCCCAUUUCGAGUAAGUCAACUCGGACAAUAUACUCUGUCCCAAAAUUAUUGUUGCGUUUUCCUUUUCUGUCCGUAACGAAAUAAUUAUCUUAUUUCUUUACCUUUCUUAUUUGGUAAAUAAAUCUAUAUCAAACAGUG